UCAACGCGAUUUAGCAAAUAAAGACAUGCCCGUGGCGUAAAACUGUAUUUUAAAUCAGUCUUCGAUCCUGAUAAAGUUACAGGCAUAUCAGCAGAGUAGCUGGAGUUCCUCGGGUCCUUCUGCUCUAGUGUCAUUUGACGCGUCAAACGAAAACAUUUAUUAGAGGAUGCUCUAGCAGUAGUUAUCAUCUUCUGUUACUAAAUGUCAAAAACAGACCGUUAACUCAGCAUCUCGAGUACAGAAUUACUUAGAUCUUUGAGGCGUCCUCGCAAUAUCCGGAAACAAAAGACGCAUUUUUACCUGCAUUCGCUUACACCUCAUUUUCAGGAUGCGGCUAACGUUAUUUGGACACAGUUAGCGCGCGGUUCAUUUACAUGAUUGAUCUGUAAAUGCAAUAAAACUCACAUAAACGUAGGGUAAUAAGAACGGACGUUUAGUGUUAAAGCAAGUGGCUUUAACACUAUAGAUGUAACACCAGAACAGAGAAUCUCGAGUCGCCAUCAUUUCCGGGCUACCGAUCGCCGGUAGAGUGGAACGGGACGCAGGAGCGCGGGGUACGGGGAGCGGAGCCGUGUCCGUGUCCAUACCGAGACUGCUGGACGAUAGCAUGGCCGCCGGGAAGGCAGCGAGCAAACCGUCUCUCUGGCAGAACGAACGGCUCCGGUUCAUCGUCUGUUUCUGCGGGGUGUUCGUGUGUUACUUUUACUAUGGGAUACUGCAGGAGACAAUCACACGAGGAGACUACAGUCACGCGGGGAAGACGGAGAAGUUUCGUUAUGCCACCACACUAGUCUUCAUCCAGUGUGUCAUCAACGCCGCUUUCGCCAGACUCUUGAUUCUGGUUUUUGAGAGCUCAAAGCAGGACCACACGAGAAGCUGGCUGUAUGGCAUGUGCUCUCUGUCUUACCUGGGUGCUAUGGUGUCCAGUAACUCGGCCCUGCAGUAUGUCAACUACCCCACACAGGUGUUGGGAAAAUCCUGUAAACCAAUUCCAGUGAUGAUUCUGGGUGUCACAAUCCUAAGGAAGAAAUAUCCCAUGGCGAAGUAUCUGUGUGUGUUUCUAAUCGUCGCCGGGGUCGCUCUCUUCCUCUACAAACCCAACAAAGGCUCCAGCACAUCAGAUGAACACAAAUCUGGUUUUGGAGAGAUGCUACUGCUGCUGUCUCUGACUCUGGAUGGGCUGACCGGUGUAGCUCAGGACCACAUGAGGGCACGGUACCAGACGGGAGCCAAUCACAUGAUGCUGAACAUCAACAUGUGGUCCACACUGGUCCUAGGAAUAACUGUGCUUUGGACAGGAGAGGUGUGGGAGUUUUUGUCAUUUGCUGACCGCUAUCCUGGCAUCAUCUAUAAUAUCCUUCUGUUCGGUAUCACUAGCGCUCUUGGACAGACUUUCAUCUUCAUGACUGUGGUGUAUUUUGGGCCGCUCACCUGUUCCAUCAUCACAACGACACGGAAGUUCUUCACCAUCCUGGGGUCUGUGCUGCUGUUUGGAAACAUCAUCAGCCCUAUGCAGUGGUUUGGUACCAUCCUCGUCUUCCUCGGCCUUGGACUGGAUGCCAAAUUUGGAAAGUCUCCUAAGAAGACGACAUACUGAAGACUGGAACCGUGUGUGUGUGUGUGUGUGUGUGUGUGUGCGCAUGCACACAUGUAUGCCUGCGUUUGAACCCCUGAAACAAACAGACAUUUAUUCUAAAAACUUUACUACACUAACUCCAUCAUUGGUAUACUUAAGAGAUGACGUUUUAGCACUCCAAAUAUUAUGCUGAUGUUCUGAACAUUUAAUUAUAGGAUAUAUUUGCCCAUCAUCUUGCAAAAUGGUAUUCAUGGUAACCGAGGGACAGUGCAAAUGUGUGUCUGUACCUAAUCAUAAUCUGUCAUGCUCAUAUGGCGAAAUCAGAAAAAUAAAGGUUGGAUAAAGAUAAAGAUCCAAUUUAAAACU